AUGGCGCCGCGAGCCCGCCGCCAGCCCCGCGGAGCGCCGCCAGGUCCCCAGGUGCCUGCGACCCCACUGCCCGCCUUCCCUACGGCCACCGAAGAGGACGAUGGCGCCGACGCUGACACUGAGCUGGACACUCAGGCCAUGGUGCGGGCCCAGAACCAGAAGAAGAAGAAAUCCGGGGGCUUCCAGUCCAUGGGCCUCAGCUACCCUGUCUUCAAGGGCAUCAUGAAGAAGGGCUACAAGGUGCCCACGCCCAUCCAGAGGAAGACCAUCCCUGCCAUCCUGCGUGGCCGGGAUGUGGUGGCCAUGGCCCGGACGGGCAGUGGGAAGACGGCCUGUUUCCUCAUCCCCAUGUUCGAGCGGCUGAAGGCGCCCAGCCAGGCUGGGCCACGCGCCCUCAUCCUCUCACCCACCCGGGAGCUGGCCCUGCAGACCCUCAAGUUCACCAAGGAGCUGGGCAAGUUCACUGGCUUGAAGACAGCCCUAAUCCUGGGAGGAGACAAGAUGGAGGACCAGUUUGCUGCCCUGCAUGAGAACCCUGACAUAAUCAUAGCCACCCCUGGGCGCCUGGUGCACGUGGCAGUGGAGAUGAAGCUGAAGCUGCACACCGUGGAGUACGUGGUGUUUGACGAGGCCGACAGGCUCUUUGAGAUGGGCUUUGCUGAGCAGCUGCAGGAGAUCAUUGCCCGGCUCCCGGACUGCCACCAGACCGUGCUGUUCUCCGCCACGCUGCCCAAGCUGCUCGUCGAGUUUGCCCGGGCUGGCCUCACUGAGCCCAUGCUGAUCCGCCUGGAUGUGGAGUCCAAGCUGAGUGAGCAGCUCAAGCUGGUGUUCUUCCACGUGCGUGGGGACGACAAACCGGCCGUGCUGCUCCACCUGCUCCGCAGCGUGGUGAAACCCCAGGACCAGACAGUUGUCUUCGUGGCCACCAAGCACCACACGGAAUAUCUGAGGGAGCUGCUGAUGGCACAGGGCAUCCGCUGCACCCACAUCUACAGCUCUCUGGACCAGACUGCCCGCAAGAUCAACAUUGCCAAGUUCUCCCAGGGCAAGUGCCCGGUGCUGCUGGUCACCGAUGUGGCUGCCCGGGGGCUGGACAUCCCCAUGCUGGACAAUGUCAUCAACUUCAGCUUCCCUGCCAAGGGCAAGCUGUUCCUGCAUCGUGUCGGUCGUGUGGCCCGAGCUGGCCGCAGUGGCACUGCCUACUCGCUGGUGGCUCCCGAUGAGAUGCCCUACGUGUUCGACCUCCACCUCUUCCUGGGGCGCCCACUCGUCCUCGCUGGAGCCCAGGAGAUGCCUGCAGAUGCUGGCGGGGUCCUGGGCCGUGUCCCGCAGAGCCUGGUGGAUGAUGAGGAAUGCCUGCUGCUGACGGACCACGAGAGCUCUCUGGAGCUGCGCAGCCUGCGCCGCGUGGCCGACAACGCCCACAAGCAGUACCUGCGCUCCCGGCCCGGCCCCUCGCCCGAGUCCAUCAAGAGGGCCAAGGACCUGGAUGUGUCCCAGCUGGGCAUGCACCCCCUCUUCAGAGCUCGCUUCGAAGACACCGAGCUGCAGAGGCUGAAGUUGGUGGAUAGCAUUAAAACCUACAAGUCCAAGGCGACCAUCUUUGAGAUCAACGCCACGUCCCGGACACCGGCCAGCACCGUGAUGCGAUCAAAGCGGCGCCACGACCAUACUCUGAUCGAGAAGUUCCAGCGUGGGCAGCAGGAGAAGCGGGCAGCAGCACUUAAAGGGCAGGGGAUGUGCCCGGCCCCUCCCGAGCCCCAGGAUGGGGAAGGAGAGCAGGAAGACCUCCAGGACGUGUUCUCCAAUGUGGGGGGCCAGAAGCGAAAACGGGGCCGAGGAGAAGAUGGUCCCAGGAAAAAGCCGCAGCAGCCAGCACAGCAGGCUGAGGACUUCUACAUCCCAUACCGGCCCAAGGACUUUGAGAGUGAGCGGGGGCUGAGCGUGGGCGGUGAGGGCAGCGCCUUCGAGCAGCAGGCGGCCGGGGCCGUGCUGGAUCUCAUGGGCGACGAGAACCACAACCUCAACAAGAACAAGCAGCUGCUCAAGUGGGACCGCAAGAAGAAGCGGUUUGUGGGGCAGACGGGCCAGGAGGACAAGAAGAAGGUGCGGACGGAGAGCGGGCGCUACAUCAGCAGCUCCUACAAGAACAACCUCUAUGAGAAGUGGAAGCAGAAGUACAAGGUUGACGAGCGGGAUGAGGAUGAGGAAGGGCCACGCAGCAGGGAGCAGUUCAGAGGGAAGCACAGGCGUGGGCACGGCACAGGCCCUGGGCAGCCCCCGGCGCAGGGCAGGGUGCGCUCGGAGCUGAGGAACAAGCAGCAGAUCCUGAAGCAGCGCAAGAAGGCGGCCAAGCAGCGCUUCCUGCAGAGCGGGGGCCUGAAGCGGCUGCGGGCGCGCGGGCGGCAGCGCGUGCAGGAGCUGCGGCUCAUGGCCUUCGGCCGCCGCGCCGGCCCUGCCAAAAAGGGCAAGCUCAGGAAGAGGGUGUAGGGCACGCGUCCCCUGGGCCUGGGCUGGGAGCUGGGCAAGGGGACAGUAAAUAUUGGUUGGUUUUGCA